UGUAUUUGUUCAGACUGUUUACGAGUUUCAAAAUAUUUUCUUCAGUAAAAAAUGUUUGUUACAUUUAAUUCAAUUCAACUGUUAUAAUUUGUCACGUUGGAAAUAGUCAUACUGCAGCUUUACAGAAAACAGAAAGUCUACAAGACAGGUGAUGUUGAGGAACAACUUCCUGAGAUGACGCAGAAACCUUCAGUAAAAGGGAACCUCUUGUGGGUGACUCUGGAUCAUGGGACUAUGAAUCAUUAAAACUUGUUCUUUUAGGAUGCUAGUGUAGUGCUCAGUGUGAGAACUGGAAUUUUGAAGAUUGCGGCUUGUUAGUACUUUAGAACACGUUUGAGUUUAAGGCUUGAGCCUAUUUGGUCCCACAUGUGAUAUCUAUAUUUAUCCAAACCACUCUUCUCCUAGUGUAGUUCACUCGCUGAAGUGGUGUAUAUAACCAGUUGCCAUGUGCCUUAAACACUUUUCGCAGAUGAUCCUCCAAGACGAAGGCAAUAAUCACCUUCGAGUGAAUCCUCUCCAGCUACUUUGGUUUCACUCUGAUGUUUACACACAACAAUCCCCUUCUGAAGAUUCACUAAAUAUGUAGGUCUGGGUGAUGAAUAUAUCAAGCGCCAAAUCGGAAGUCAGAUUCCUAAGACUCCAAGUGUGUGACAUGUGAUGAGGUAGAGACCCUUGGAGGGGUGGGUGGAGCACAGUAACCCUAUAUGUACCUCACCAUUAACGCUGGGCCCUCAGAGACACAAUGACCACCAGACACUCUGCCCUUGGAGAGGACCUCUCCUGCCCAAUAUGCGGGAAGAUUUUUCAAGAACCUGUGGUGCUUUUCUGCAAACAUAGAUUCUGUAGACCCUGUCUAGAGAGCAGCUGGUGUGGAGGUGGAGGAACUUGCGAAUGUCCACUCUGUUGCCAGCCGUCGUCCAUGGGGGAACUCAUGGUGAACACAAAGCUCAAGAAGACCUGUGAAGGUUUUCUGAAAGAACAGCGCAAGAGUAACCCCUUUGCCUGCAAGGAACAUGGAGAAUCUCUGACCUUAUUCUGUCUGGAAGAUCUACAGCCUACAUGUGUUGAGUGCAAGGACUCAGGAAGCCACAAAGGGCACAGAUUAUACAGUUUGGAAGAGGCUUCACAAGAUUGUAAGGCUGAACUGAAGACAGCUCUUAAGCCACUGCAGGAGAAGCUGAAGUUCUUCAGGAAUGUUAAAUCCACAUUUGAUCUAACAGCAGAGCACAUCAAGAGACAAGCCGAACAUGCAGAGAGGCAGAUCAGGGAGGAGUUUGAAGCACUGCACAAGUUCCUUCGAGAAGAAGAAGCUGCCAAAGUCUCAGAAUUAAAGAAAGAGGAGGAGGAAAAGAGCGAGAUCGUAAUGAUAAAGAUCGAAGAGAUGGAAAACGAAAUCACAUCCCUCACAAACACCAUCAGGUAUAUCGAAAAGGAGAUGAGCUCUCAGGACAUCCCGUUUCUCCAGAAUUACAAGGAAACCAUAAAGAGAACUUGGCAGAUUCCCCAGGAACCACAGAUGAUAUUGGGGUCUUUGGUUGACGUAGCUAAACAUUUAGGCUCUUUAAAAUUCAACGUCUGGGAGAAGAUGAAGAAUAUCAUCCAGUAUACCCCUGUGACUCUGGACCCGAACACAGCAGCGAGCUGUUUUCAGCUGUCUGAGGACCUCACGACACUUCAGUGCUGCUCCCAGAUCUUCAAGCUCCCAGACAAUCCAGAGCGCUUCGACGUCAGUGCAGAGAUGCUGGCCGCUGAGGGCUUCCGCUCGGGCAGACAUAGCUGGGAGGUUGAAGUCAAAAACAACACCUACUGGGUGAUCGGAGUAGCCAGCGAAUCCGUGAAGAGGAAAGGCAAGAACGUGCUGACACCCGCAGAGGGGUUCUGGACUAUUCGGUUGAGGAACGGUGAGUACAAGGCUUGCUCGGCACCGUGGUCGUCGCUAACCAUGAACAGGCAGCCAGAUGUGGUGAGGGUGGUGUUGGAUAUGGACAGGUCGAAGGUGACGUUCUAUGACCCGAGAGAGAGGACGCCGCUCUACACGUUCACGGACAUCAUCUCACCACGAGUGUUUCCUUACUUCUGCAGUGCCUGUAAGGAGCAUCCUCUCAAAGUACUUCCAGGGUUUGUGCAUGUUAAAGUGGAGCACUAGACCUCACUAGCCCCCCACUGCCCACACACACACACUCAUGAGAUUUAUAACACAGGGAAAAGUGGUAAUUUAUUGAUGAGGGAAAUUAACUAAAAUAAAUAAAUAUAUAAGUAAGUAAAUAAAUAAAUAAGCGAAAACAAUCCGCAAAUUAAAACUUUCUUUUAAAACUAACAAAUUUUGUUUGUUAAAUUUGACUGUUGGAUUGUUAAUGUCUAAAAAAAUUCAUAUUCUUAUAAUAAAUGAUAAUUUGUAAAAUACUUCCACACACAUCCCCCCCCCAAUUCAUGAGUGCACUAUAUUUUAUUAAAUUAGAGUUUGUCAUUUUUAAAUGUGCUUCUAGACCUAAAAUAUCUAUCAAAAAAACAUAAUCUGCAAUAUUCCCACAUAACUAAUUUUAUCACCUUUUACUGUAAUUUAUUGGGGCUUUUAACAUUUUUAAUUAAAGUUGUAUGAAGCACUGACUGAAAAUCAAUUGACUACUAAUCAAGCAUGUUAGAAAUAUAGCUUCAAUAUGUAGAAUACUAAUCUGUUUUUAUGUUUAAAGCUUAAGUUCUCUGAACUUCUGUAAAUUAGGGGUGGGAAAUAUGAUGAUAUAAUAAAUAUUUGAUAUUGUCAGAAGAGUUUCAGUUAGUCUUUUUUCCCUGAAAUAUCUUGGAUAUUGUCAAUAUUUUUAAUAUAAUUGAAAUCAAGUGAAUAAACGUUACAAACUUUGCAUCAAAUAUUGAAAUACAAACACAUGCUUAAAUACUUUAAAUCUUUAAAAAAUUUUGUAUAGAUUUUUACAUUUUUCCAAUGUUAAAUUUCUUUGGUGGAAAUUAAAUUAUAGCAUUUUUAAACUAUUUUUAAAUUAUUUUAAAGGUUUUGUAAAUCCAACAUCUAUACUAUAUAUGGUGAUGCACUGUAGAAUUUUAUCAUCUUUAAUUAUCGUGAAGCAAUACUUUUGUCAUAUCGCCCACCC